GAUGCCGAAAGUGAUUAUGAAAAGGCUGGUGCUAUCCAAGCUUUUAAAGUUUGUUAUGAGUUAGCCCGAAAUACCAUGAGAAAGGUCCUGAAUCUUCGUGCUGUCCGAGUUGAUGAUACUCCGAGAGCAAUUUUUCGUCUAGCAGGAAUAGAAGUGAAAGGAACCGCCCGUAAGUUGUCAGACCUGGAUAUUUGCUAUCAAGAAGAUAUUCCCGCUGCGAUUGCUUUUCAAAUUGAAGAGGAAUUUAAAGAAAGUGAUUUACCUUUUUUAGUCGAAUUA